UCGAAAUAUUGUGUACAAUUUUAGUAAACAAACCGCGACUAAAAGAAUAGGACGCGUAGUGUUAUGUUAGUAUCUAUGGCAGUCUAUGGUAAUGACCUAGAAGAAACGGAACUAGUCGAAGACUCAUUCGGAGUCUGUCGUGUCAUAUCGGUGGAUGUGCCCGUACAUAGUGUCUCGUGAUUCGCGAUUUUCCGCGUGUGCGAAAAAAGGUAAUCGUCCAACUGCAACUCGAGACUAUAACCGAUCCGUUACUUGUCAUAGAACCGUAUCGGAAAAAUAUGAGACGUUACGUGAUAAAUAUAUCGCGGCAUUUUGACAUUGACGCAGCGUUGGUGGCGCGAGAUCGAAGGAGAGUGAAAUUAGUCGAGGAAUGCGUUGAACGUGAAGUGUGUCUCGCGUCGGUCGACGCUACAAUAACGCCUUACAAUUCGCAGUUUUGCGCUUGAAUAAAGCAGAAAGGUGACUGAUGUUGACGCGAAAAUGUUCUCGCAUAACCUUUCGGAAUUUCGGACGCUAUCGGAAUAAGAUAUGUAUAAGCGUAUCGUGACAUCUCGAAGUCUCAGAUUAAUUCCGCUGAUGCGUCGCAUCGAAGGAAAGUGAAAUUAACCGCGAAGACGUCGCUUACAUCAAGUUAACCUAGGCGUACAUAUUAUCUAAAUAUACAUAUUAUCUAAAGUAUCUUUGAAGAUAAUAUGUAGCCAAUAAAAUGCUGUUGCUGGAAAGCGCCCUUACAUUUUAUUUUAUAAUUCGCGCAUUUUUGCGAUGAAAAGAUUCUGACUCAGGACUGUUUCAAAGUUAUCUUUUGCUUGCACUAUCGGAAAAUCGGAAUGAAAAACGUACGUGAAUAUAUCGCGACGCGUUUGAAACGUAUUAUUUCAUGCCGCUUGGCGUAUAUGCUCGAAAUGUCGAUUCUCGUGAGUGUUCAUACGAAUGCGACGUCGAAAAUCGGGAGUGCAGUGCGACCGAAUCUACGGAGACUCUACGUUGCAUGGAUCGACGUGGAUGAUGUUUGAUGUUGCCCUAGACAGAUGGACAAGAGAGGUUAGUCAUUCCGUCAUUCGAUGGCGAUCAAACCUGGGUACAGGAUCGAAACGUAAACUCGCAGCACAGAUCGGAUUGGUGGGACAGUGAGGAGAUAAGGACCCGGCCCAUUCUCCCUUGAGAUUCGCCUUCCGAUAUUAUCCGCAAGCUGAUGCAUCUUGGCGACGGUCGAUUCAACUCUGCAUCGGUUCGAUCGAAGUACCGCAGUCUCCCUUCAGCUACGGUGAAGGGUCAGCGUGCGCGGCUAUAGUGGGUCAGCGAAAAAUGCGAUAGAAACGGAGGAAUACGAUCGUGCCGUGAGAGGAAGAAGAAGAACAAGAAAGAACACGAGAGAAGGCUCGGAUGAAAGAGCACCAUGUGCUCAAUCGUACCAACCUGGUGGCGAUGGGCUGCUCUUCUCGGCACGAUGCUGCUGCUGUUGCUAUCUUGGGGGGCGGGCGCGGCGGAGGGCUGCCCGAGUAUGUGCGCAUGCAAGUGGAAAGGCGGGAAAGAAUGGGUAGAGUGCGCGAAUCGUAAUCUCAGGGGAUUGCCGCAGGGUGCCCGCGAGGAAACACAAGUGCUCGACCUUUCUGACAAUCACUUGGUCGAGCUACCGGCGGAAUGUUUCCUCGCACUCGGCUUAGUCAACCUUCAACGGCUCUAUUUGGGCAGGUCUCAGAUCGUCAAGAUUGCCUCCCAAGCAUUUGUUGGACUGGUCGGUUUGGUGGAAUUGGAUUUGUCCGAGAACAAAAUCGAGGAAGUGCCCACGGAUACUUUUGCGUCUUAUUCAAGUCUAAUGAGACUUAUAUUAAGUGGAAAUCCAAUUAAAGAGAUUCGCCAGGAUGCGUUUUGUCAUCUGAUGCACCUGACUAAUCUGGAAAUUAGCAAAUGUCAAAUAAAGGUCAUCGAGCAAGGCGCUUUCGAGGGUCUUCAGUCGCUAGAGUGGCUUCGGCUGGACGACAAUCAACUUGUCUACGUGCCUGAUCACACUCUGCCGUUGGGAGGAAAUCUUAGGGGAUUGACUCUUCAUGGCAAUCCAUGGCAAUGCAACUGCAGGCUGAGAAUAAUGCAGGACUGGCUCAAGAAAUCAGCUCCGGCAGCCCCGCAGGAGUCUGAACCAGUUUGCCAUUCUCCAGAGAGAUUGCGCGGUAGACAAAUCAAAAGUCUCAAGAUUAGUGAAUUGGCUUGCCUGCCCCGUAUCGAUCUUCAAAAUCGUUUAGAGAUUUAUGAAGGCGGUAAUGUGACUUUGACAUGUAAUAUUCAUGCGAUACCUACCGCCAAAGUCAUCUGGUCAUUCAACGGAGAACCGUGCGAGUUGCAGAAUGAGAAUGAUUCUAUAGUCAAUGGCAUUUCCGCGUUUUCAAGAUGUAUUUACCGACAACGAGGCGGGACCAAUAUGAGCAGCACACUGUUUCUUUACUCAGUCGAGUCGCUCGAUGAAGGUACUUACAGUUGCAUGGCGGAAAACAGUGCAGGUUCUGCAAUGGCAAAUCUCUCUCUCCUCGUGCUCUUUCGCGAAAAAUCCACCGUGGAGCCACCUUUUGACAAUCCCGGUUCCGGCUACGUAGCCGCAAUAGCUGCGGGCGCACUGGUAGGCACUCUCUUGGCGUUGGGUUGUCUGAUAGGUAGCGUGAUAUAUUGUGCGAAAAAACGACGUUGCGACCGGAAGCGCAACUCAAAAGCCUUGGUGACGCAGAGCAAAUCGGUACUGCCAAUUACAAAAGAUACCACUAGCGGAUCCUGCCGAAAGGGGAACGGCAGCUUGAUCGGCUUAGAGCAUCAGCAGAUGGUUUCGUAUACCGAGCGAGAAAUCGGCCGAGCGGCUACUUUAGAGCACCGGGAACACUCCAGAAACGCAUAUCCGGUAGCAAGUCCGGUCGCCAAGUACCUAACCGAGCCAGAUUUGAUUAAUGAAGUGCCCGAAAGUACCGAGGUGGGAUAUGGUCAGCUGUACGGACGGCAUCAUCAGCGAGUUGGUGCCGCCGAUCGGCAGAUCUUCGAAUAUGACUCGGGUUAUCCGCUGCAGCCCGAUCUACGACCGCCGCCGGUUUUACCGCAGUUGAGUUAUCUAGAUCAGGAUGGUUAUCCGCUGAAUUUUGGUUUACCCAAGAUCUCUUUCAGCACUGCUAGCACUUUGCCUAGGCUUCGGCAACGGAUGACGGAACCUGGCUCGGCAGCUGCGCCGGCGGCCAGAUAUUCGCGUGAGGCAGAAUUCCUCGCGAGAUCACCGGGAUACGAUCCCGUUUUACCGCGAACCGAUGCCAGGUACACCGCUGAGGGCUAUCCCUAUCCGGUGCACCAACAACAGCAGCAACCGCUGCAAUCAACGAUGCAAUCACCGUCUCUGCCGAUUCAGCCGGUUGAGCAACCGAUUCAGCAACAACUGCCCAUACAAUCGCCGGUCUCGCCGGUCGCCGUCUUCCCGGAAGUACCUUUCAUACCGUCACCCCCAGCGGCUUACAGGGGCGAGACUACUCCCCUAUCCCCAAGAUCCCUUCUUGGAAAGACCGCUCGCGAAGCCGCGGCUGCCGCUGCCGCGAGGGCAGAGGAGCUGCAACCACCGAAUCACCCAGAGAGUCCUGACGAAGGUUAUGUGGGAGACGCUAUGGACGUCUGAAAAAUUGCCAAUGGCGAUAAGGGAAAUAAUCGUUAGGUUUGAAAAGCGUGGAAGAUACGUUUCUGAUAUAUCGUUGAAUAAGAUUGACGUUCACUUUUUGUGAGUCUACCCAACAACCUUCUAUGGACUUAAACUGAAAGAAGAAAAGAUUGGAUAGAUCGAUUUCUCUGCAAAAGAAUCCAUUACCGUUUAACUUCUUCGAAAAUGGCGAGAUAGAAAAGGUGGUACUACGCACAAUUAUGUACAUAUUUUCUUGGUAUUUAAAGAAAUAAUUAUCAUUUACUGCCUGAUCUUUGUUAAAAAAAUUUUAUCUUGGAAUCAAUUAACUUUAAUAAUUAAUGAUUACAUUAUAAAUAUUUGUUUUUCUUUAAUUCUAUGUUGAUUGUUUUAUUUAUAAGGAAAUUAAUUUGAGAAAAAAAAUUAUUUAUUAUUUUCAAUAAUUUUGGAAUUAAUGAAAUGUAUUAAUAAUUUCACAAGUUUCCAUAUGUCUUAUCAACGAAACAAUCAUUACGGAUUAAAAAAGAAGAUAUUUCUUCUCAAUCUUUUUGCUCAAUAUAUUGACCCAGCAGAAACAAUAACGAAAUACUUUUCAUAUAAAUUUUUACAAAAUCCUCCUUCCACGCGAGUCAAACGUCAAGCAUGAAGAUCUUAACAAAGCUACGAACAAUAUGAAUUACCGGCAUCAAGGAGGAGAUCUGUCCUCGUCACGUUACCAGAUUAAUUCGCGGAGGAUAACAGGGUCCAGGAUGUGAUUGGCGGAACACGGCCGCCAGAGACGGCGCGAACAAAGCAUUCGUCCUGACGGUAGAGACGUAAUAGAUUAAUCAGAAGGCAUGUCACGAAUGUCGUCGGGCUGCACAAUCCUUGUCAGUCAGGAAGGUGUUUGCGCUUGGAUAAGGCGAUCCUCGAAUUCGAGGGAAAUCGACUCCGAAGAAUUUACGCGGCUCGCGUUUAAAUGCAGAGAGUGCUUUUUCGGACAUGAAAAUGGCGGCCGGAUUUAUUUAAACGGCAUGUCGCGUUUGUGAAAUACGACGUCGUUCUUUGGACGCGCUCCAAGGAGAAACGUUCGGUCGCGUUGAAAAGGAACCAAGAUGGCGUGACUGAUCCUUAAAGUGAUAGAUAAAUGUUUGGUGAACUCGAUCGAGUGAAACCGCGUCUCACUGGACCUCGAAGACGCGCUUUUAGCGUUGCACGAGCAGAAACGUGACUGGUGCUCAAAGCGGCCACUCCCGCAGGAUCCGCUGAGAAAAUGUGAAAUUAAUUAAAUUUAAUUGUUCAUGUCGAUCCUGUAAUCGUUAAAGUCUGCGAUGAAUCGGUAAUUGCAAGUUGAGCGAAUCGGAAAGAUAUAAUGGUAAGAAGAGAGAAUUGUUCUGUUUUAAUAAUAAAUAUUAUACAUAUUUGAAAAAAUAUUUAUAUAAUUCUUUUAUUUUUGUUUCGCAAUACGAUGCUUAUAAUUGUUUUGGAAAAAAUCUUAAACAGCUUAUUAUUAUAUCGAAAAGAUAUAAACUUAUAUAACUCUCCUUUUUUAUAAGCGAAGCGUGAUCUGUACAUUUCAAUCAUUAGAUCACUUUGAUAUCGUUUACGGUUGUCAAUAGAGUUGCUUGUAUGGGAUGCUUGUGAUUCAGAAAACCUGCUCAAGAUAAUUCUCGCAUCCGCUGACAGCACUUUGUUUUAAACUUACGAAACUUACGAAACUUCGUUUAUUUCGAUUGCGUGAGCACUCUCGAUCUUGAAUAGCCAGGCGGAGACGCAAUUGUAGCGAUUCUGCUGUAGUGAUAAUAAUGUUAACUUGGUGUUUAAGACUGGUGAACUGUGCGAGAUUAGGAGGCCGCAGUGGCGCUCGACCUGAUGUACAGAUACCGUUGAAUAUAUAGGGUGUUUUCUGAAAAAACGAUAUAUCUCAGGAUCGAGUAAGCAAAAAAUUUAUGCACUUUGGAAAAUAAUUUAUUGAUUUUGCGAUCUAUUUUUUCUUUCGAAAGAAGAUCAGAAUAAAAAUUUCAACGUAAUGUAGUUUAAUUUCAUAUUGUGAAUUUUCUCAAAAAUUUAGAUAUUUAAAUAAAUUGUCUUUAUUUUACAUUGUUUCUUUUUUUGUCAAAAUUAAGUUUACAUUCUAUUGAGGAAAAUCUUGCAGAUUAAUCCCGCAGCUCCUGGGAACAGUAUACGUCUUUUCUGGGACGCCCUGUACACCUAUAUACAUAUGCGUAUAUAUAAAUAUAUACACACACAACACACAGAUAGAUAUAUACAUAUUAUAUGGCGCGACUAAAACACUAAGAAAUAAGAACUGGUGAAAGUAGUUAUUUUUUAAAGGUGUCUUCGAAACUUUGCGAUUCGAGCUGGCUUUGCUCUCUCAAAUCAGCGAUUUACAAUAAAUAGAAAUUGUGAUUGAUAUUGAUAUUUCUGCACGAGGAAGAAAAAAUCGAGUGGAUAACAUUUGUAAAAUUCCUAAAUUACGAUGGUGAUUUGUAAAAUGCUGAUUGGUUGAUGACAAAUGAUCAUAAGCAGUUGAAUAUGCGUCCGAGAUAGAGCAUCGAGACUCUGUGGAGGAUCCUUUCAGAAGUACCCGAGGACGAGGAAACUGGUUUCCUUUCCGUCGCCGUAAUCACGACGCGAUUCACGGAUGAACAGUGUUUGCCUUCCAGUCUGGCGAUUCGCAAGAGAUAUAGAAUCCUGCCUGCGUCCUUUAAGCUUCGCCAUUGAGAUAACUCGAAAUUUGCGUCUUCGCUUUCGAAAGUUUCGUAUAUAACAAUAUUUCAUUUCGGGCAAGAUACUAAUUUAUUUACCCUUCGUGAAAUUUGGAGUGAAGAAAAUAUUUAAAACACAAGAUAAAGAAAGGCCUCUAAUGUGCUAAGAAAUCAAAAUUGUCUCUUUGUAAUUAGUCACAAUUAGUCGUUUUAAAUUAAAUUAAAAAUUAAGUGUUUUUUUAAGAAAUGAAAUUGAAUAAAAAGAGAGCUAACAUGAAAUUAAAAUCAUUAUUUUUUUAAUUAAACAAAUAUUUAUAUUGAAAGAGACCUAUUAUAUAUUUUUUUAAAGAAUUUUUUUUUUAUAGAAAGGCCAUUAAGGUAUAUUUAAAUUUUAUUGUAGAAUGUUUUCGGGGGCGUUGACUUUCGAAACUCUGUAUAUCGAAUUUUAGAGGCGAACACAAUUUUACGCAGUGAUAAAAUUCUGCAAAGGUUGUAUCGCAUUUGUCGUUUAAUUAGAACUUUUUAAACGAGCUCGCUAACGAGUAUAACUUUAACGCGCGAGGUCAAUUUUACGAAUUUCAAUUAAUCUGCUGUGAAUGGGUAUUUUUUUAGGCCAUUAGGCCGCGUUUUUGACAAAAAUGCAGUAAUAAUGUAGCGAUUGCAUUAAAAUAUUCAUUUAAUCAAAUUGGAGUUUGAUAAAAAUUGUUAAAGUUCCCAUCGAGAACAUUUUGAAAAAUGUUAUACACAUACCUUUACAUUACGUUAUAUUUAUUCUGUUACGUUAUAUUUUUUAUCUAUAUUAUAUUUUUUACGUUAUAUUUUUUCUCAGCAUCUCACAAAUACAGACUUAAUAUAUUUUUUUUUUCUCUAAACUUUUGUCAAAUUAAUGUAAAAAUGUUAAAUAUCGCGUUUCAAGUGCUAAGUAUUUCAGAAAUUAAAUAAUUAAAAGCGUACACCGUUACAUUUAAUCGCCAUUUCCUUAAAGAAUCUUCUCAAUGAACUUCUUCCAAAGACUUUGUGCGCCUGUGGUGAAUAAAUAAUAUCAGUUAAAUUAAAUUAAAUUUCACGAGAAAAUGUAAAUGCAUUUUUUAGAGACGCUCUUUAUUAUCUAAAGAUGAUUAUUUUGUUUAAUAGUUUAAAAAGAUUAGUAAACGAAACGAAUUUUAUUUUCAACAUUCUUUAAAGAGAGCCAUUUUUUUUUUUUUUGCUAUCAUUUUUUUACAGGCGAAAAUUUUUCAUAGAUCUCUCUAGCUGUGCUUCAUGCAUAUUUAUUGGCGUCAAUUAAAAUCCGGUGAUAGAAAAAUAAAAGUGCAACACAACUGGAAACAAUUUCUCUCUCAAGGGGAAAAAAAAUCGAAACUAGGAAGUUUUUGACUCUUUUUCUGUUUUCACUUCGACGUUGCUCUUUCAAAUCGUUUUUUUUUUCUUUCUUUUUUCGUAGAUAAAAAUUUAUCAUUGCAAUCUGUCGCUUCCUUCGUACGUAUUUAUUUUCGUCGAAUUGAGGAAGCAGCAGUUAAACGCGGAUACAAGAAAAACAGUAGCAAAAGUUUAACGAGUCUUGCUCGCAGGCGGUAUUGCAUUCGCUCGUUUGCGGCUCGUCCGAAUGAAAUGGAUCUUCCUCUUUCCAUCGAUCCUUUUUUUUACUUCUCACUUGUCCCUUUUCGCGUCUCGCACGCGCACGCUAAUUAUAACCACCGCGACCUGGGGGCUUGUUUAGUAACGAUCUUGCUUUUUGUGAAAAUGUAUCGGAAUGUUUUCUCCCACGCGAGAAUUCGCGAAGACACAUUUUACGAGAGAGAAAUGUUUCGCAAAAAAAAGGAAAAAAAAAAAGAAUUCUACGCAAGGAGUCAUCUCUCAUUUCGUAGAGAAAUUGUACUUUUUUUUUCUCUUCGACUUUUUAAAUUAUUUUCAAUGUAUAUGCAGGUGGGGAAUGAAUAUUCACUUGGAACAAAAUUCUGCUCCAUUAAAUCGGUCGAAUUAAAUCUCGCAAGGAAAUCAUACGCGCGGAAUUCCAUCGUAUAAAGGUUUAACGUGCCGAGAUCGGUCGUGAAUAUUAAUCGGCUUUCUCCUCCACUCGCCGACUCGCGCGGUGAAACAUUCGCGCCGCGGAAAAUCUCUCGAGGACGUGAGGGUGGUGAGGGGUGGGGGUGGGGGGGGAAGCGGUGGAAGAGUGGAGGCUCGUCCUAUUAACUUCCUUCGCAUUCGCAAUGCGCUACGAUGCUUUCCGGUAAAUGUAAUCACACGUCGAUGCAUUAAUCAACCGUCCGAUGAAACUCCCCGUAAUUCCAUCCCUCGGAUGCCACGUCAAAAGUUAAAGGUAGCAGCAACGGCAGACUUUCCCCGUCUGUUAAAUGGUAAACAUCCCUCCGGGGAUCUCUCCUAUCUGAGAAUACUGGUGUAUACAUUUAAUUCUUUUCGGCUAUUUAAAUAUUUUACAUUUUAGAUUCCUGUGAAUUUACGAUGAUUUGGAAAAUGUUUAUCCAAAAAAGAAUUAAUCCAACCCCGUUAUUUAUAACAAUGCAGAGCACAAAUAGCCAGCCGAUUUUGCUCAUUCUUUCUUACUUAUAGAGUAUCUUAGAAGAAUAAUAUCUCUUUUCUCCUUCUCUUCCUUGUAAUAAGUUGUGGAGUUUAUGAAUUCACAUGCUGCGAGAUCGAUAAUCGACGAGAGCGUGUAUGUGACAGGAAGAUAAAGAGAGAGAGAGAGAGAGAGAGAGAGAGAGAGAGAGAGGCUCGACAUUAAGUAUACACGAGAAAAUGAGGGCCGAAGCCACACUCGAAUCGAUCUCCUUCGAAACCACCCAAUACUUCCCUUCCAUUUUACCUCCCUUCUCCUGUGUAAACCACCCUCUUUUUCUCGACCGUAAAACUCUCCCGCGGAGAGUUACGGCUCUCCGACGCAGACACAAUCUUGCAUAUAUGGACAUACGCAUACAUACUCGUUCAUGUACUUACACACCAAUACACACGCAUACAGUUUCAGGUACACACGAUGUUCCGAACGAUUGAGCAAUACGAUUUGUAUUACCGUGUAUAACGUAAUGUAUUCGAUUCUGCACAUGUCGUACGUACUUUGGAUGUAGCGAAGGAUUUUUCACGACUGAUAUGAGAUUAAAGGAAUAAAGAUAGCUUUUGUAUUAAA